UAGAGGGGGAGAGGUGGGAGAGAAGCAAGCGGAGAAAGAAGAGACUAACGGAGGGAGGGAUCGACCCUGUUUCUGGACCUGUAUUGAGCCGCUUCCCUCUGGGAUAUAUUGCAUCGCCAUAAGCAAAAUGCUCAUAAAGGAAUUUCGAGUGAUUCUUCCUAUCUCUGUGGAAGAGUACCAGGUUGGCCAGCUGUAUUCUGUGGCUGAGGCCAGUAAGAAUGAGACUGGUGGAGGGGAAGGAGUGGAGGUGCUAAAAAAUGAGCCCUAUGAGAAAGACGGAGAGAAGGGACAGUACACACACAAAAUCUACCAUUUGCAGAGUAAAGUGCCAUCAUUCGUCAGAAUGUUGGCUCCAGCUUCAGCUCUCAACAUCCAUGAGAAAGCUUGGAACGCAUACCCAUACUGUCGCACAGUUAUCACUAACGAGUAUAUGAAAGAUAACUUCCUGAUCAAGAUUGAGACAUGGCACAAACCUGACAUGGGCCACCUCGAAAAUGUACACGGUUUGGAUGCAGAAACCUGGAAAAAGGUGGAUGUAGUCUAUAUCGAUAUUGCGGACAGAAGCCAAGUGGAGCCGAAGGACUACAAGCCAGAGGAGGAUCCUUGCAAGUUCAAGUCAAUGAAGACAGGACGAGGCCCUCUAGGCCCAGACUGGAAGAAGGAACUUCCUAACAGGACAGACUGCCCACACAUGUGUGCCUACAAACUGGUCACUGUCAAAUUCAAGUGGUGGGGCCUGCAAAAUAAAGUGGAGAACUUCAUCCAGAAGCAAGAGAAGCGUUUGUUCACUAAUUUCCACCGUCAGCUGUUCUGCUGGAUCGAUAAAUGGAUUGAAUUGAACAUGGAGGACAUUCGUCGCAUGGAGGAGGAGACGCGCAAGGAGCUAGAUGAGAUGAGAGUGAAGGACCCAGUGAAAGGGAUGGUGGCUCUAGAGGACUGAGGUUGUGUCAGACCGUGAAUGCUGCUGCUCAUCAGACCAGAAAACCCAGACACCAGCGGAUUCACAUCCUCCUUCUGUUCCAACUGAUACAACACCUGACCGGCCGGUCCAAACUCCUCCUCCCCCCGGUACAAUCUGGUUUUCAGGGACCUGGACCCAGUAAACUCCCAGUUUUUCAGCUGAUCUCUUCCACCCCAUCCCACCUCCCCUGAGUCCCAUCCGUCUCUAUUUGUUUUUCCAUCCAGUGUCCCCGUCUUAUUAACUGCUCUGAGGCCUCCAGUAGCAACACAAUAGAUCUUGUCAGUCAGUCCUCUCUUUCUCUCUCUCAGUCUCUAAACCUGUUCUAAACUACAGAGAAUAGUGUCAUUUAUCUCUGCAAUUUAGGAUUUAUUUCUAUUUAAGAUAUCCCAAUGUGUAUAUAUACAGUAUACAGUAUAUCG